UGGCAUUUAGCCACGCGGUGACGUCAUCGAGGCCACGCCCAUCGUUAUGGCGCUUCCGGACUGGACCGUGUGUUUACUUGGUGUCGCUGCGUCGAUUUGUGGGGGCUUUUACAUCUACAGACUUCUCAGAAAUCCUGCGAAAACCACAUGGAAAAGAGGUGUUGUUGCGGAAUUGAUGGCGCGCACAGAGAGACCGCUGUUUUGGAUAGCGUAUUCUCUAUACACACGGACCAAACUUGGCUACAUGUUUUACAAACGCCAGAUGAGAAAAGCAAGAGAGAAGUUCCCAAGUGGCCACUCAAGAACUGAGCCUACAACAGUAAAUGGUAUCAAGAUCAUUCCAUUACCCAUCCUGUCUGACAACUACAGCUAUGUGAUCAUUGACACAGCUUCAGGUCUUGCUGUGGUGGUGGACCCUGCUGAUCCUCGCUCUGUCCAGAGUUGUCUGGACGAGGAAGGGGUGACAUUAGAAGCCAUACUUUGCACUCACAAACACUGGGACCACAGUGGAGGAAACCGAGCUCUAAAAAGGCACCACAGCUCAUGUAGGGUGUAUGGAAAUGCUAUGGAUAACAUCCCUGGUCUUACACACCCUGUAACAGACAAAGAUGUCAUAGAUGUUGGGACACGGCUGCAGUUUAGGGCUUUCUAUACCCCUGGUCAUACUGUGGGGCACAUGAUCUACCUCCUGGAUGGCAGACCUUUUGGUGGUCCCAACAGCCUCUUCUCAGGAGACCUGCUCUUCCUCUCAGGUUGUGGUCGAAUGUUUGAAGGAACUGCUUCAACUAUGUUAUCAUCACUGGACACAGUUAGCUCACUGAAUGACGACGCACUGCUCUGGCCUGGGCAUGAGUAUGCUGAAGAUAACCUGCUGUUUGCUGCAGAGGUGGAGCCUGGUAAUGUGGCACGUGAACAGAAGUUACAGUGGGUCUUACAACAACGAGGUCAACAACUGUGCACAAGCCCAUCUACUCUGGAAGAAGAGAAGCAGUACAAUCCAUUUUUGAGGAGCCAUGCCCUGGAUCUUCAGCAAGCUCUGGGCUUGCAGCAGAACCACGAUGAAGACUGGACUUCGUAUAGGGCUCGGGUUUUGGAGGAGUUACGCAGACGGAAGGACAUUUACAAGGGCCGUUGAAGCCAUUCCAAUUGGCCCUGUUGUAUUUCUCACGCACAGUGCCUGCUAUUUCUCCAUAAGGAGAUCACGCACAGAAAUGUAGACUGUGAAGUAAAAUGUAAAAUACCCUGAUACUAAGAUAUAGAGCAUUACUGAGAUACAUUUGGUUGUGUGAGACGUUUUUUCAGACAUUGUGAUUUAGUGAAUAGAGAGGUUUCUAGUCUAACUUAGAUUAUAUUGUAUAUUUAAACUACAUAAACCAUAAACAUUACUAGCUUUGCACAGAACAGACUGGUUUAUUUUUUUUUAAACGUCCAAAUGAACAAAUUUAUAUCACUAUUUGGCAUCAUGUAUUAUGUAUAUCCACUUUCAUACUUCUGAAAUUCACAGGUCAUUUCAUUACGAAUACCUACAGUGAUGUAUACACUUACUAUUAGGCACAAUUGGUUGGACUCUAGUCUCCAGUCUCCAGGCAGUAUGUUCUAACAGUAAAUUCAUCAACUUAGAAAAAAUGUGUUAAAAUUGGAAGACUGUUCUAGUGCCAUGUCAUGGUGAUGCACAAAUUUUUCCAAAGGUUAUAACAGCUUCCACGCUUCUGGAGUAGCUUUCGACUGGAAAGAAACUGUGUUCACUGGAUUUGAGGUCAGGGCUCUGAGCAGGUCAAUGGAGUUCCUCCACACCAAGUAUAAACCCACAUGAAAACCACUUGUGACUGGACUUCAUAUUGUGCACAGUGGCACAGUCAUGAUGGAACAGGAAACAAAAUUGUUUAUAAUGGCUAUUUUUGAUAUGGCAUUAACAUUAACUGCAACUAACAUUAACAACCUUACUGGAACUAAGGCACCUAGUCUAAACACUAAAAAAAACAGUCCCAGAAUAUUUUUCUUCCUCCACCAACCUUUACUGUUUGUACUAUCCAUUCCUGAUAGAGAGAUCUCCCAGGUAGCGAAGGGUGAAUUGAACAUGUUUCAAUUGUUCCAGAGUACAGUGACAGUGUGCUAUAAGCCACUCUAGAUAACAUCUGGCAUCGUGUAAUUGUGUGUACAGCUGUUUGGCUAUGGGAACCCAUUUCUUGAAGCCCUGAAGCACUUGGAAUGACCUGCCUAUGCUUUUGUUGCUCUUGCAUGCUUCAUUUUCACCAUAAUAGCCUUUACAGCUGAUCAGGACAGAUCUAGCAAGGUUAGAAUUUCAUUCACUGACUUGUGAUUAAGGCGUCAACCUAUGGCACUGGAUUGUUUAAAACACAUUUUAUUUCCAAUUUUUGAUUUUAUGCACCUGUUAGCAAUAAGUGUGUUUAAAACACCAAAAAAAAAGAAAAACCCCAAAAAACCCCACAAUAAUGAGGAGGGCUGUUCACAUACUUUUGGCUAUAUUGUGUAACAGUAAACUUGCACCUAUAGGUUAGGUCUUAAAAUGACUGUUUUGUGCAAAGCUAACUUAGUACUAUACACAGUGAAAAAUGAGAUGUACUGUAGUGAUUUUAAUAAUGAGGCUUUUGAACAAUGGCACUUUAUUAUUAAAUCUAUUCCCUUUUUCCCCCUCUAUA